GCGCAUGCGCACUGGCCGUAGAACAGGGGGAGCCGGGGGUUUUCUGCUGACUCCGGUUUCCCGACAGGCGUCGCUUCUUCCGCUUUCUCGCCAGGCGUGAACCGAGGUUUCUGAACUACUGGGCGGGAGCCAACGUCUCUUCUUCCUCCUGCUCCGGCGGAGGCUUUGUCGCUGUGGGCUGGGCUCCAAGGUGCCCCCCAUGGCGGGGCCGCAGGUGGAAGUUGAUGGCAGCAUCAUGGAAGGGGGCGGCCAAAUCCUGAGAGUCUCUACGUCCUUGAGCUGUCUCCUGGGCCUCCCCUUGCGAGUGCAGAAGAUCCGAGCCGGCCGGAGCACGCCAGGCCUGAGGCCUCAACAUUUAUCUGGACUGGAAAUGAUUCGAGACUUGUGUGAUGGGCAACUGGAGAGGGCAGAAAUUGGCUCAACAGAAAUAACCUUUACACCAGAGAAGAUCAAAGGUGGAAUCCACACAGCAGAUACCAAGACAGCAGGGAGUGUGUGCCUCUUGAUGCAGGUCUCAAUGCCAUGUGUUCUCUUUGCUGCUUCAUCAUCAGAACUUCAUCUGAAAGGUGGAACUAAUGCUGAAAUGGCACCACAGAUUGAUUAUACAGUGAUGGUUUUCAAGCCAAUUGUUGAAAAAUUUGGUUUCAAAUUUAACUGUGACAUUAAAACAAGGGGAUAUUACCCGAAAGGGGGUGGUGAAGUGAUUGUUCGAGUGUCACCAGUUAAACAAUUGAACCCUAUAAAUUUAACUGACCGUGGCUAUGUGACUAAGAUAUAUGGAAGAGCUUUUGUUGCUGGUGUUUUGCCAUUUAAAGUAGCAAAAGAUAUGGCGGCGGCAGCAGUUAGAUGCAUCAGAAAGGAGAUCAGGGAUUUGUAUGUUAACAUCCAGCCUGUGCAGGAACCUAAAGACCAAGCAUUUGGCAAUGGAAGUGGAAUAAUAAUUAUUGCUGAGACCUCUACUGGUUGUUUGUUUGCUGGAUCAUCGCUGGGUAAACGAGGUGUAAAUGCAGACAAAGUUGGAAUUGAAGCUGCUGAAAUGCUAUUAGCAAAUCUUAGACAUGGUGGUACUGUGGAUGAGUAUCUGCAAGACCAGCUGAUUGUUUUCAUGGCAUUAGCCAAUGGAGUUUCCAGAAUAAAAACAGGACCAGUUACACUCCAUACGCAAACAGCUAUACAUUUUGCUGAACAAAUAGCAAAGGUGUUGAUGGGAAUUGUGGGGAGUCUUCCUGUGUUGCCCAGGCUGGCCUCCUGACCUGAGUUCAGGUGAUCCACCUCAGAUUAGCUGGGAUUAUAGAUGUGCACCACUGCACCUGGCUAGUUGUUUUGAUACUAAAUUUAGCUUUGUUAAAAUGAAUCACAUUUGCUUUAAAAAUCAUGUUUUCAAAAUAAGUGUUAUAGGCCAGGCACAAUGGCCCAUGCCUGUAAUUCCAGCACUUUGGGAGGCUGAUGCCAGAGGAUCACUUCAGCCUAGGAGUUUGAGACCUGGGCAGCAAAGUGAGACCCUGUCUCUACAACAAAAUAAAAAAUUAGUCAGGCAUGGUGAGGUGUGCCUGUGUUCCUGGCUACACUGGAGGCUAAGGCAGGAGGAUCUCUUGAACCCAGGAAGUUGAGGCUGCAGUGAGCAAUGUUCACGCCACUGCACUGCAGUCUGGGUGCCAGAGCAAGAGCCUGUCUCAAAAACAACAGCAAAAAAUAACCAGAAUACAAUGAUACAGACAAAAUAUUUUAGGCCAACUUUAGUUACCAAUUUAAAAAUGUGCUGUUAAACCCAUUACAUUAAAGAUGAAGGAAGAUGUUAAUCACCACCAUACCUCCUCCUCAAAUACCUUCUAUGAAAUGGAUCUUUUGAACAAUAUAUUUAGGGAAUUAAAUUUGCAAGAAAAAAUGUAAAGAAAUUAAAGGGUAAUUUGUUACUUGACAAGAUAAAAGUAGAAACAUUUUAGAAAAAUUUUAGGGCAUAGGGAAUACAGUUGCAUUAUCAUUACCAGUUGAGGUUUCAAAAUGGAUAUUUACCUAAGCUGGACGUCUGAGCUUUCUAAUUAUAUAUUUGGACAAAACCGGACAGGUAUAUACCUCUGAACAAGAACCAUGGUUGUGCAACAAAAUGCGUUGUCUUUAGGCUAUUGAAUUUCUCAGGAAUCAUUUGAUCUUUUGUGUCUCUGUAGGUUUUUCAAUAAAAUGGGCUUGACAUUAACUCUGCCUACAUAA